CUAUUUUCUUUACCAUACCCUUUUCAAAAUUUCAAUUCAUGACUUGACAUUAUAGUCAGUUGUAAACAAUAAUUGAAAGGAAAUGAUCGUGCCCUAUGGAAAUUGAAGAAAUUUUGUGGAGAUAAAGUUGAACACCAACUGUUCGACAUAUUGCUUGGCCUAAAAAGCUGAUAGUUUUUUUUAUACUCUUUCAUAAAUUGAAAUUUCAAUCUAUUGUAUCCCGAUGCUAGCGAGGAAGAUACUGUCCACCACCAAUUGCGGUGUAGUCUGGAAAGGAUUUGUUCGAUUUUCUUCUUCGAUCAAUCAUACACAUGAAAAAGUAACUCCAUUGCCCGUAGGCAAUAGCAAUAAGAUUCAUGGAAGUGGAUAUCACCUCUCACCGUUGUUCUCUCAUGGUAUACAUCAAAUGGAUGAUUGCAAACUUGAGAUUGUUGAUUCAGAUGCUUGGAAGGUUUCUUCUGACAUAGCUGAGGCAUGGAAAGGAACAAAAAGUUUGUCUGAAAGAAUUACCUUCUUUGAUGAUGAAUCAGUAGAUGAGGCAACUAAUUCUGAUCAAACCUCCAUUGAUUCUCCAGACUUUGAUGAGAUAGAGGAUAUGAGAAUUCGUGGGAGUCUUUUCUAUAAGCUCGAGAGAGAUUCCAAGGAGUAUGAUGAAUACACCAUUGAAUUUCAUCGCAGGAAUGCUUCCCAAAAUAAAAAUGACAAGAAAAAUGUUAGGGAUAAGAAAAGCUUGGAAGGGAAAUCGGUUUCUGGAUCUGAAAAUGGGCAAAAGCUAUUAAAGCUUGUUAGGAAAGAAGCUCCACCUCCUUCCAUUCAUGGAAUGGACACCUUUGUUGGAGAAGGGGUGAAGAAGGAAAGAAGAACUUUGACAUUUAACCAGAUGACAGAUCGAUACCAUGAGCCAUUUUGCUUGGACAUAUUCAUAUCAAAAGCAUCAGUUCGAGCUUGUAUUAUUCAUCGAGAAACUAGUAAAGUGGUCGUGGUGGCACAUUCGAUUUCAAAGGACAUGAAAUUUGAUUUAUCGUCAACCAGGAAUAAAACAGCUUGUUUUGCAAUAGGAGAGGCUUUAGCACAGAGAGCUUUGGCAGAUGAUAUCCACAAUGUGGUUUAUACACCAAGGAAAGAGGAGAAAUUGGAAGGAAAACUGCAGACCGUUCUUCACUCCAUCAUUGAUAAUGGUGUCAAUGUGAAGGUGAAGUUAAAGCAAUGGAAAAUGAAGAAAGCUGCUAGCCAUUAUGGAUUGGAGCAUCAAAGUUGGGAAAAACAAUGAACUUGAUGGACAAAGAAGGAAUAGAGAUGGGAGAAUUUACACUAAAUAACAAAUGAUUCAAACUCGGGAUAUCUCCUAUAUUGGUCAGCUCUAGCGGUUGUCCAUUUAGCAGCAUGGUUUUGCUAUGAAGGGAACCAUCUUUCGAAGUUAAAUGGUACUCUUCUCUCAAGCUUGGUACGUCGGAUGCUUU